UCUCCCUCUCUCUGUCCUCUUCACCCACCGUCUAGUCCAGUGUCUAGAAGCCGAAAACGGAGCACCUUCGAGCGGUCUAACUGGCUGUCAACCGAGCUCCCACGGCAGUCAUGGCGGCGCCGUUAGCCCAUUUCGAUGAGGACUGGCAGGAUUUCAACGAAUUCAAGCCGUCCUCGACCUCGGCCGACCAGCUGGACCAACUGAAUUCUAAUGUAGGCGAUUCGUCGUCGGGCCUAGACGAUUUCUCCGACCUGGACAACAGUUUCUCCGGGGAGAUCUGCAGCUUUAAGUCGAUGGAGGACCUUGUCCACGACUUCGAUGAGAAGCUGACAGUGUGUUUCCGAAAUUACAACACCACGACGGAAAACAUAGCCCCCAUUAAACCUAUCACAGAGGAUAAUUACUUGAAAGACGACGAGGUGUGGAAUGCCCUGACAGAUAAUUAUGGCAAUGUGAUGGCUGUGGACUGGAAGACAUCGCACACUCGCACCCUACACCUGCCCACUCUCAAUCUCACUGAGCACGAGAAGGUGGACAACCAUUCUCUGGAUCUUUCAGACGAUGAGGAGCUGAGGGAACAGAUGGACAUGCACUCGAUCAUUGUCUCCAGUAUCAAUGAGGAGCCACUAUUCACAGCUGAACAGGUGAUUGAGGAGAUAGAGGAGAUGAUGCAGGAGUCUCCAGACCCAGAGGAUGAUGAGAGUCCCUCGCAGUCCGACCUGUCCAUGCUCUCUCAGGACCUCCACGCUCUGAAACGCUGCGGCUCCAACACCAGCUACGAGGACCGGCUCCGUCAGCUCUCUGUGUCUGAGCUGACUGAAACUCUGGAGGAAGUGGAGACGGCCAUUCGCCGCUACAGCGAAGAGCUGAUCCAGGCUCUGGCCCUGCGAGACGAACUGGACUAUGAAAAGGAGGUGAAGAACAGCUUCAUCUCGCUGUUGAUAGACGUGCAGAACAGGCAGAAAGAGCACCGCGAGCUGCUGCGGAAGAAGAAGAAAAUCCGAAGUACGACUACAACCGGGCCUAAUGGCCAGAGGACGGCCAGCACGCAUGUACCAGGCACGCUCCUCACUUUGGAGGGACUCUCCAAUGUCAUUCAAAAUGGCCUCCGUCAAACUUUUGGCAACACAGGAGGGGACAAACAGUACCUGACCACAGUAAUCCCUUAUGAGAAGAAAGCUGGCUCCCCGUCAGUGGAAGACCUCCAGAUCCUCACAAAGAUCCUCCACGCCAUGAGGGAUGACAGUGAGAAGGUGCCUGCCCUGCUAACAGACUACAUUCUCAAAGUUCUUUGUCCAACGUAAAGCCAAAGGUGAUCUUCCUGCUUCCAGAGCCAGUCAUCGGACCAUCAGAAGAGGGUGCUGGUAAUCCGGAAGAACCCAGAUAAUGGGAUUUAAAAAAAAAAAAAGAAAAGAAAAUCCAAAUCCUUCCUCCGUAUUUUUCAAACACAUAGACAUUCAUUCCUUGU